AUGAAUCCCAUGACACAGUUGUACUACAAGAAGGCGACGUACUCGCCGUACCGCGACAGAAUCCCUCUCCAGAUCGUGCGGGCGGAGGUGGAGCUGUCUGCAGAGGAGAGGGCUUACCUCACCGCUGUAGAGAAAGGCGACUAUGCGGGGGUCAAACACGCCCUCCGUGAGGCGGAGGUCUACUACAACAUGGACGUGAACUGCCUGGACCCGCUGGGCCGCAGCGCGCUCCUCAUCGCCAUCGAGAACGAGAACCUGGAGAUCAUGGAGCUCCUGCUGGACCACGGCAUCCACACCGGGGACGCGCUGCUCUACGCCAUCAGGAAGGAGGUGGUGGGCGCCGUGGAGCUGCUGCUGUCGCACCGGAGGCCCAGCGGCGAGAAGCAGGUUCCCUCGCUGAUGAUGGACAGUCAGUUUUCAGAGUUCACCCCGGACAUAACUCCCAUCAUGCUCGCUGCUCACACCAACAACUACGAGAUCAUCAAGCUCCUGGUCCAGAGGAAGGUCACCAUUCCCAGACCGCACCAGAUACGAUGUGACUGUGUGGAGUGCGUUUCCAGUUCAGAGGUCGACAGUCUUCGGCAUUCAAGGUCACGACUCAACAUCUACAAGGCUCUGGCCUCGCCCUCCCUCAUCGCACUGUCCAGUGAAGAUCCCAUCCUCACUGCCUUCAGACUGGGCUGGGAACUCAAAGAACUCAGCAAGGUGGAGAACGAGUUUCGUCAGGAGUACGAGGAGCUGUCGCAGCAGUGCAAGCGUUUCGCCAAAGACCUUCUGGACCAGGCCAGGAGUUCCAGAGAGCUGGAAACCAUCCUGAACCACAGGGACAACGACCAGAGCGAAGAGCUGGAUCCAAGGCAGUGCCACGACCUGGCCAAGCUCAAACUGGCCAUCAAAUACCACCAAAAAGAGUUUGUCGCUCAGCCGAACUGCCAGCAGCUUCUGGCCACGCUGUGGUACGACGGCUUCCCGGGCUGGAGGAGACGACACUGGGCCGUCAAACUGGUCACAUGCUUCAUCAUCGGACUCCUGUUUCCUGUCUUCUCACUGAUCUACCUUCUGGCUCCAAAGAGCGCUCUGGGUCGCUUCAUCAAGAAACCCUUCAUCAAGUUCAUCUGCCACACGGCGUCCUACCUGACCUUCCUCUUCCUGCUGCUGCUGGCCUCGCAGCACAUCGCCCGCACCAACCUGCACAUGCAAGGACCUCCGCCCACCAUCGUGGAGUGGAUGAUCCUCCCGUGGGUGGUGGGGUUCAUCUGGGCCGAGAUCAAGGAGAUGUGGGACGGUGGAUUCACAGAGUACAUCCACGACUGGUGGAACCUGAUGGACUUCGCCAUGAACUCGCUCUACCUGGCCACCAUAUCGCUGAAGAUAGUGGCCUAUGUCAAGUAUAACUCCUCCCGACCCAGGGAGGAGUGGGAGAUGUGGCACCCGACGCUGAUAGCCGAGGCUCUGUUCGCCAUCGCCAACAUCUUCAGCUCGCUCAGACUCAUCUCCCUCUUCACCGCCAACUCCCACCUCGGGCCUCUGCAGAUCUCACUGGGGAGGAUGCUGCUGGACAUCCUCAAGUUCCUCUUCAUCUACUGUCUGGUCCUGCUGGCGUUCGCUAAUGGGCUGAACCAGCUGUACUUCUACUACGAGACCAAGGCCUCAGAGGAACCAAACAACUGCAAGGGCAUCCGCUGUGAGAGGCAGAACAACGCCUUCUCCACGUUGUUCGAGACCCUCCAGUCGUUGUUCUGGUCCAUCUUCGGGCUGCUGAACCUCUACGUCACCAACGUGAAGGCCCGGCACGAGUUCACGGAGUUCGUCGGGGCGACCAUGUUCGGGACGUACAACGUCAUCUCUCUGGUGGUUCUGCUCAACAUGCUCAUCGCCAUGAUGAACAACUCGUACCAGCUGAUCGCCGACCACGCCGACAUCGAGUGGAAGUUCGCCCGCACCAAGCUGUGGAUGAGUUACUUUGACGAGGGCGGAACGCUGCCGCCGCCGUUCAACAUCAUCCCGAGUCCCAAGUCCAUCCUCUACCUGCUGGUGUGGCUGCACAACAAGCUGUGCAGGGGAGGCUAUGGGCACGGGGAGGACUCGCACAAGUGUGAAAACCUACGAGAGUUCACGGAACGCCACGCUGACAGUCUGAUUCAGAAUCAGCAUUACCAGGAAGUGAUCCGGAGCCUGGUGAAGAGGUACGUGGCGGCCAUGAUACGCAGCGCCAAGACUGACGAGGGACUGACGGAGGAGAACUUUAAGGAGUUGAAGCAGGACAUUUCAAGUUUCCGCUACGAGGUCCUGGAUCUCCUCGGCAACCGGCGUCCUCCCCGCCGACACUACUCCUCCUCCAGUGAGACGGCGAGAGACGACGGGGCCAUGGCCUCCGAGGACGACAGCGAUCGGGCGACGGCGCCGGACGACGAGAGGCCGUCGGCGACGCUCGGGGUGUCCGCUUUGGUGCGCUCCAUUUCUGGGAUAACCCGGCUGGAAGGAGGCGACGAGGGGGACGAGGAGGAACUGGAGGAGGGCAUCGGAUGGGGGGAAGAGGAGGAGGACGAGGAGGGGAAACCAAAGAGCAAUGGGCUGAAGACGGCCGCCGUCCCUCCGUCCUCCACAGACGUCCUCCCGUCGCCGUCCUCCUCCUCGUCCUUCUCCUUGACGUUCUCCUCGUCGUUCGCCCGCACGAGGACCCGCCUGCAGCGCCUCUCGGCUCCGGGAACAAAGGCAGACUCCUUCAAGCGCCUCUCCUACCUGUUCUCGCGCUCCAAACGCCGAGCCCCGCCCAUGCCGCUGCCCCUCCAGUCCCCGCCCUCCUACACCAUCUCCGACGGUGACGUGACCCGGAGCGAGACCCGCCUGAACGAGGUGGGCCGCUCGGUCGACAUCAGCAACCCCUCGUUCUCGCCGCGGAGGACGAACGGGCGGGACUCGCUCCUGACGCUGCCCCCCCCUCCGUGCCCCUGCCAAUCCCUGCACUGUGCUUCCAACAUGUCCGAGUCCAGCUCGCGCCUCCUGGACUCCAGCGAGGACGUUUUCCAGGGCGGGGGCGGCGGAGGAGCGGGCGAGGGCGGCGUGGACGGAGGAGGGGGCUGGUGCUCGGCGGGUGGGUGGGACCCUGCGUCGAGGACAGCUGUGAGGUCAUAG